CGGGAGGGCGCGGCGCAGUGCAUCCUGGGUCAGCGUAGUCAUGGCGGCUCGUGUCCUUUCCGCUUGUGUCCGCCGACUGCCUGCGGCCUUCGCGCCGCUUCCCCGGGUCCCCACGCUGGCCGCAUCCCGGCCACUCAGCAUCACCCUGUGCCCCGCGGGAGCCCGGACGAGGCCUGGGGCUCUGCAUCCUGCCUCGGUACUCACGCAGGUUCCAGUCACGCAGCUGUGCCGCCAAUACAGCGAUGCGCCCCCUUUGACGUUAGAGGGAAUCAAGGACCGUGUUCUUUACGUCUUGAAACUCUAUGACAAGAUUGACCCCGAAAAGCUCUCAGUAAAUUCCCACUUCAUGAAAGACCUGGGCUUAGACAGUUUGGACCAAGUGGAGAUUAUCAUGGCCAUGGAGGACGAAUUUGGGUUUGAAAUCCCUGACACAGAUGCUGAGAAGUUAAUGUGUCCACAAGAAAUUGUAGAUUACAUUGCAGAUAAGAAGGAUGUGUAUGAAUAAAACAUCAGACCCCUUUUUUUUCAUUGAGAGAAGACUCAGAAGAUGCUGGCAAGUGUCUGGAAGUGAGAACGCGUUUUGGCAUUAUUGCCACCUUUGACAGAAUAAUUCUGUUUAGACUUGUAUUUAAGUUGUCUGUUUUGCCCUUUGAAAAUAAAUCUAUAAAACCAA